CCUCUCUGACAAUUUGCGUCCGGUCAAACAAAGACAUACAACAUACAUCUGAGGCGGAAGUUUUAAUUUUUACGACGCGGAUGAUUCAUACAUCAAACCGCAGGGAAGUACUUUUUCUUACUGGCUGUAACUUUUUUUAAUGGAUUUGAGAAAGCCAUACACUCUUUAUUGUAAAAUGAAAUGUGUAUUUGCUAAUAUGUAGAGAGCUAAAAGUGACCACCUGAUAUUUAAUGGAGUUAUUCCGUUGCUGUGGUGUCACUGUUUUAUAUUUUUAAUCUACGACCUGCAUGCUAUUUUACAGCCUGCUUAAAAGUAUUUCAGAAUAUAUUUUAAUAUUUUGAGAAGGAUACAAAAAAAAUUUCAUUAUAUGAAAAUGGCAGCUGCAUUGGACAUUAUUAGAAAGUGAACUUUACAACCAGGCACCUAAAAGCCAAGUCUCAGGGACACCAUAGCCCGACUGGUCCUGCUUAUAGUUUGAAAUGCAAAGUUUGAAAAUGAACAGCCUCUCCCGGAGUAUCGAGGACCAGAGAAACCUUGGCGAGAGCCCGUCUCUCAAACCGGAGACUUCCAGAUACCGCAGCUGGAGCAACCUCCGCUUCUCGAAGUGGAGAAGUGGCUCCCAGAGGACGACCCCCCCUGAUACCCCCUCCCCAAAGGCAGAGAAGAGGGCCGAUGUGACCAAAACGCUCUUCUCCUUGGUUCAGACUCACAAUGACGACUAUACGGCAGAUCCAGAUGGCCUGCUGGAAAUCAGCGAGGAGGUCGAAGGAGGCAACGACGACACCAGACCCUCAUCAGACCGGUCCAACUACUUCCAAAAGAAGCUUGGGUCAAUGCUGGAGCCCGGGGUCAACAAGUUCUCCCUCCGCAUGUUCGGCAGCCAUAAGGGGGUUGCUGCAGAGCAGGCCAGGGUCAAGAGCUUUGGAGUGUGGAUCAUCCACCCGUACAGUGACUUCAGGUUUUACUGGGACCUGGUGAUGCUCCUGUUGAUGAUGAGUAAUCUGAUCAUUUUGCCCUGGGGAAUCACCUUCUUUGAAGACCAGAACACCAUGCCGUGGAUCACCUUCAACGUCCUCUCUGACACUCUCUUCCUCAUGGACUUGGUUUUCAAUUUCCGGACGGGCAUCCCGGUAGAAGACAGCAACAUCAUCCUGGACCCCAAAGAUAUCCGAAUGCAGUACCUCCGCACCUGGUUCCUGGUGGACUUCAUCUCCUCCAUCCCCGUUGACUACAUCUUCCUCGUUGUCGACCUGGAGUCCCUGCACGAGUCGUCUGACGUGUACCGCACCGCCCGCGCCCUCCGCAUCGUGCGCUUCACCAAGAUCCUCAGUCUGCUGCGACUUCUCAGACUGUCUCGCCUCAUCCGCUACAUCCACCAGUGGGAGGAGAUUUUCCAUAUGACUUAUGACCUGGCCAGUGCUGCGGUUCGCAUAGUCAACUUGAUUGGUAUGAUGCUGCUGUUGUGCCACUGGAAUGGCUGCCUGACCUUCAUGGUGCCUAUGCUGCAAGACUUCCCCCCAGAAUGCUGGGUCGCCAAAAACAACAUGGUGAAUACUACAUGGCACCUACAGUACUCCUACGCCCUCUUUAUGGCCAUGAGUCACAUGCUGUGUAUCGGAUACGGCGCUAACCCCCCAGAAGGCCUGACUGACGUUUGGCUCACCAUGAUCAGUAUGGUCGUGGGGGCCACCUGCUACGCCAUGUUCCUUGGUCAUGCAACUAAUCUGGUCCAGUCCUUGGAUGCAUCACAUCGCCAGUAUCAAGAGAAGUAUAAGCAAGUGGAGCAGUACAUGUCGUUCCAUAAACUGCCGGCGGACGUAAGACAGAGGAUCCAUGAUUACUACGAGCAGCGAUUCCAAGGCAAGAUGUUCGAUGAAGACAGCAUCCUGGGAGAGCUCAGCGAUCCGCUGAAGGAGGAGAUAGUCAGCUAUAACUGCCGUGGGCUCGUAGCCAACAUGCCACUGUUUGCCAACACCGACCCUCAUUUUGUGACUGUGAUCUUGACCAAGCUGCGUUUCGAAGUCUUUCAACCUGCAGACUUUAUUAUACGAGAAGGAACACUGGGUCGGAAAAUGUACUUCAUCCAGCACGGCACCGUCACCGUCAUCCCACUUGGCAGUAAAGAGAUUACGCUCAGCGAUGGGGCAUAUUUUGGAGAGAUCUGCCUGCUAACCCACGGACGACGCACCGCCACCGUGAGGGCUGAUACCUACUGUCGCCUUUACUCCCUGAGUGUGGACAGUUUCAACGAGGUCCUGGAGGAGCAUCCUCUCAUGAGGAGGGCAUUUGAGAGCGUGGCUGUGAACCGACUGGGCCAGGGGGGGUCGCAGGUCUAGUCGUCUGCCUUCAACAAAUGAGAGUUUUCCUCAGUAAAAACGAAGAGAGACUCCUGCCAUAAAUGUGGAAGAUAAUUGUCAUGCUGUGACUGAAUUUGAGCCACAUAACAAAGAAGCCUUUGUUGUAAAUUUGACUGAUUGCAGUUUACUUAAGUGCUCAAUGAUGGACAUCCUGAUGUAGAACCUCCGUUUUAUUUAUUUACACAUUAUUGUUGCACUUGGUUGAGAAUAUUGCACCUCAGUUAAUUGUGUUUUGUUUCUUGGAUCUCCAGUUGUUAGCUGAAAUCUAAUUUUGUGUUAGAUCUUUAUAUACAGCCAAUGUUAGAUUCAUUUUGUCAUUUACAAGUCGAUGACCAAAGAAAUUCACAAUUUUCUUGUUUCUUCAGCAACUUUGGUGAUACAUAUGCAUUUGGUCAUUGGCAACACUAGCUUGUACAAAUGUAAAUACUGCUUUAAUAAUUAUUUUCAGUUACCUGUAUGCUUUCUGACACUGCAGUUUUAUAAUCCAUCACGUCAUACAUCGGAGCACCAGCUGGGUGUCACAUCACACGGCUGAAUGUAAUGCUGAUUCUGAUGACCCCUCACCCCUGAAGGUUGCAUCAAGUCACAGUUUAAUACCAAUGUUUACUGAAGAUAAGCUGCCCUGAUGCAAUAGCUCCAACGGUAUAAAGACAGAUUGUACACAGUUAUACAUCGCUGUUUAAAUUCCAACAUUGAACUUUAAACUUGAAUAGGUCGUCUAAAAAUACAUACGUUUGCAUCGCUCCAAUUAAGUGUCCAGUAUUACUUUGAUUUCUUUCCAUGCAUGGACCUUCUUCUGUUUUAAUUUUCUUUUGGCAAUUAACGUGCAAACAAGCAUUUGGCUUUAAUAUAAUAUAAUACUAGUUAUAUUCAUAAUAAUUAAUAAAUUAUUGAAUAUAUAUUGGUAAUGUAUUUAUUAAAAUAAACCAUUAGGUUUUUUUAUUAAAAAUAAUAAAUCAUU